UACCAUUCACCCCUAUCUUGAGCAUAAUGGUUUCGUCUGGCGCCUUGUGAUAACGUAUGUUGCUGAGCGGGGAUUCAACGGUGUUAACUAGCUCGGAAACAAGACAACGAUGAGUGCACGGAUAAGUUCAUUCAGCAGUCUGGGACGUCCACAGGGACUUUAAACGAAACACUAGGUGAUCCAAGAGUGUUUCGGAGUGGCUACUUGAAUUAGUUUGUAACUCGGGAUGACUCGGUAACGACAUGUCCUCUGGAGACCUGGACCUGCUGGAGGUGAACCCCAGGAUUAGGGCCGCUCUUAGGAGAGCAAAGUUGCGAUCGGUUGCCGACGUGUUGUGUUGCGGUCAGGAUCUGCACACGCUCGGUCUGUCUCGCUCUGACGUCCAACAGCUGCUCAAAACCGCCGCUCUCGCCUGCAGGCGACGUCGUCCAAUCACAGCUGCCACGCUGCGUGCUCACCCGUCCUCUCUCAGACUCAGUGUCGGCUGUCCGGUGUUGGACGAGCUGCUGAGGGGGGGCCUUCCAGCAGGGAGCGUCACUGAGCUAGCAGGAGAAAGCGGAGCAGGGAAAACUCAGCUGGCCCUGCAGAUCUGCCUGUCAGUGCAGUACCCAGUUCAGCACGGGGGGCUACACUCAGGAGCCGUCUUCAUCUCCACCGAGGACGCCUUUCCGAGUCGGCGCCUGCAGCAGCUGAUCAGAGAACAGCCUAAUCUGCGUUCAGACAUCCCCCAGUCACUGAUCGAUACCAUCAACUUCAGUAACAACAUCUACAUCGAGCACGCUGCUGACCUGGACUCUCUUCAGGUGUGUGUGACUCGGCGAGUCCCUCUCCUGCUGACUCGAGGUCUGGUCCGCCUCGUGGUCAUCGACUCUGUGGCGGCUUUGUUCAGGUCUGAGUUCCAGGCUUCUGAUUGGCUUGAGAGAAACAGACAGCUGAUCAGCUUCUCAUCUAAACUCCAUCAGCUGAGCCAGGAGUACGACAUACCGGUGCUGUGUGUCAACCAGGUGACGGAUGUGUUCAGCACCUCAGAUGACACUUUAGGGUACAGUACACAGAGCAAUGCAGACAUGGAAUUCCUUACUGUAAACAUCCCGCUGUCCUCCAGCGUGUCACCUGCACUGGGUCUGGCCUGGGCCAAUCAGGUGACGGUUCGACUGAUGAUGCAGCGUCUCCAGAGAACGGUCAGUCAUGGCGAUCAGCAGAGCGCCCUCCGCAGGCUGGAGGUGGUGUUUGCUCCGCAUCUGGCCCGAGAUGGACAAGAGGCAGCCGUCUGGAGGGAGGGGGUCAGAGGGGUCCAGAGCUAACACAAAACACUAGGGUCUAUGUAAAUAUUUAUUUAAAUGUUUUAUUUGAUAAAAUGUAAUUAAAGUCUCUAUAUUAAUGUCA